CUCUGUAUUUUGUAUUUUGGCUCCAUAGAAUGUGUCCAAAGUCGCCCCUUUCUUCUUAUUUUUCUUGGUAUUUUGGGGCUUCUGUGGUUCUGUGGAGUUUGUCAUCUCUGAAUGUGGAGGAUUAGUUUUUCUUGUCUCUUUCUGGUGUUCAGAGGCAGUCCUGGGCAGAUGUUGGUUCUAUGAGCGUUCCCUGGGUUAAACUGAAUAUGCCUCACUGGAACUGGAAUGGAAGGGUCGGACCACGAGGCCACACUCUCCCCCCCCGGCUCGCUUUCUGGAAGUUGCCUUCAGAAUCGUUGGCCGUGAGGCUGUUUCGUCGGCCUGCGGGGGGAUGGGCUGCCGCUUCCCCAAGCUCCGAGAGCACAGACUUUCACUGAGACUUGGAUAGCAGGAUCCAGCCCGUGAGGCUGUCUUGCCCGCCCUGAGGGUUGCUGUUGUUUUGACCAGCUCUCUGCAGCGGAAGCCCCAGGCAGUAACUUUCACCGGGACUGUAGAAGGCCCUGAGGGUUGUUGUUUCGAGGACCCUGCUCUCUGAGCCGGCCAGGCUGCGGCUUCCGGGAGCCUUGGACUCUGCGCUCCUACCCCUGAGGUCCGAGGGAUCUCGGGUUCUGGCUUUUAAGGGGAGCCGUACCUUUUGAACCGGGUCCAGGUCCAGGAGGAGGGUUCCCAGGGUCUGUGCUGUUGAUCGUUUUGAAUUUCGGCGCCUUAGGAGCUUAUCGUUUGAGAUUGGUCGGGAAGGGUUUUCCGGAGAUCUGAGCUUUAGCUUUCUCUAAGCCGCCAUCUUAACCGGAAGUCCUCUUAUAUGUGUUUUUAAAUUAUUCUAUGAUACUCUUCUUUAUUUUAUCUUUUAAAAAAAUAUUACUAACUCUACCUCAUCCCAAAUCUUCCUCUAUAAAUAUAAAAAAAAGUUCUCUCAUCAAUAUAGUUAGACAAAAAAAAUCCUUAUGUUGGUUGUAUCUGAAAACAUUCAUCUUAUUCUAUAUGUAGAUUUUGUCACUUCUCUGCUCAGACAUGGAAAGCAUGGUUGAGCAUUUGUCUUUUGGAACCCCAUUUGGUAAUUAGGUCUUAAUCAUAGUUCUUAAUUAUUUUACUACUGUUUUCCUUUAUAAUGUAAAUAUUCUAUGAAUUAUUUUUCGGGUUCUUUUCAUUUCUUUUUGUAUCAGUUCAUACUAUUUCUCCCAAUUUUUUAUGAUUCUGUUUCAUCAUUUUUAUGAUUCAACACUAUUCUCCUACUUCUCUUUAGGGUCUUUUAAUCACCCCCCCAACUUUUCCCUCACUUAUAUUACUCCACUCCCCCACACACCCUUCCUUAUUCCCCUUCUACAUCUCAGUAGGGUAAGAUAAUAUUCUAUACCCCCUAAUAACUGUUUUUGUUCUUUGAAUAAAUUCCAAUAAUAGUAAGAUUUAAGUAUUACCUGUCACUACCUUCAUCUUCCCCUUUCUGUAAUAGUAUUCUCUACCCCCAUGCACCUCUUUAAGUGGUAUAAUUUACAGCAUUUUAUCUCUUCUUUUGCAUUUCUCUUAGUACAAUCCUUUCCCCCACCUAAUUUUUUUACAUAUCAUCCAAAGCAGUUUAAUUCCAUACCAUCUACCUAUGUAUAUUUCUUCAAUCUACUAUGAUAAUGAAAACAAUUUUUAAGAGUUACAGAUAUCAUUUUCCCAUAUGUGAGUAUAAUCAAUUUGACCUUAUUGAAAUCCUUACAUUUUUUGUUUUUCUUAUUUACCUUUUCAUAGUUUUCUUGAAGUUUGUAUUUGGGCAUCAAAUUUUCUGUAUAAUUCUGGUCUUUUCUUCAGGAAUGCUUGGAAAUCUAUUUUAUUAAAUGCCCUUACUUCCCCUUGACAGUGUUUAUUCAUGAGUAUUCAUGAGUAGGUGAUUUUUGGUUGUAAAUCCAGUUCACUUACCUUUUGGAAUAUCAUAUUCCAAGCUUGUUGUUCUUAAGUGUGGAGGUUGCCAGAUCCUUUGUUAUCCUUACUGAAGCUCCAUGAUAUUUGAAUUGUUUCUUUCUGUCUUCUUACAGUAUUUUCUCUUUGGCUUGGAAGCUCUUGAACUUGUCUAUAUCAUUACAGGGAGUUGUCAUUUGGGGAUUUAAUGUAGGGAGUGAUGUUUAGAUUCUUUAAAUGUCUAUUUUUCCUUCUUGUUUAUGAAUAUCAGGGCAAUUUUUUGGGAUAGUUUCUUGUAAUAUGAUGUCUAGGAUUUUUUUUUUUUGGUCAUGACUUUCAUGUAGUCCAAUAAUUCUCAAAUUGUCUCUCCUGGAUCUAUUUUCUAGAUCAUUUGUUUUUUUUUUCAAGAGAAAUUUCAUGUUUUCUUAUAUUUUUCAUUCUUUUGAUUUGAUUUUAUUAUUUCUUGAUGUCUCAUUAAAUCAUUAGCUUCUACUUGCCCAAUUCUAGUCUUUAAAGAUUGCUUUUCAUCCAUGAUCUUUGAUUUUCCUUUUUGAUUUGGUCUAUUCUGCUUUCCAUGGGAUUCUUUUCAUCAUUGGAUUUCUUUGUCUGUUCUUCCAGAAGAUCAAGUCUGGUUUUAAAUAUGCUUAUUAUUUCAUUUUAUUUCUAUGUCUCUUUCCAUUUGACCAAUUUUGCCUUUUAAGUGAUUAUUUUCUUUUUGCAUUGCUUUCAUUUCUUUUUUUCUUACUUUUCUUUCCAUUUUUCUUCUAUCUGUCUUACAUGGUUCUUGAACUCAUUUUUGAGCUCCUUCAGAGCUUGUGACCAAUUUGCAUUUUUCUGUAGAGUUUGCAUGUUUUUGCUUGUUUCUCACGCCUCCUGUUGCUUCUGGUUUUUGCUCUUUUUCUCUGUAGAAAUUUUCCAGCACUAAGAGCUUUUUUUGAUGUUUACUCAUUUUCCCACUUGAUACCUAGGAGUCCUGUAUAUUGCUAGUCAUUUCUAUCUUGCCUUGUUUCACAGGGCUUUGCCAUGGGGCAAUCUUCCCUUCUCUGUCCAAGGCCUGAGCAAGACUAGUACUAUAGACCUCUGACCCUCACCUCUAGGACCUGGGAUUUCUAGGGAUAUUUGUGGUGGCCCUGACAUUCAGCUUUGUGUGCAAAACACUAGCAGGAAUUGUCAUGAAAAGUUCAAUCACUCAGAUAGAAAGAAGAUUUGGCACAACAUCAUCUGAAGCUGGUUUAAUUGAUGGUAGCUUUGAAAUAGGCAAUCUACUGAUGAUUACACUGGUAAGUCAUUUUGGAACUAAGUCUCACAUACCAAGAUUAAUUGGAACUGGGUGUUUCAUUAUGGGAACUGGAAGUAUUUUAACUGCAUUACCUCACUUCUUCAUGGGAUAUUAUAGGUACGAUUCAGCGUUAAAUGCUAAGCCACUUGACAAUUCAACAGAAACCUACACUCCUUGUUCAACUGAUGUCAGUUCAUCUGGCCAUAACAGAUCAUCCAUUCUAGUACAGUCAAGUUGCAAAAAUGAAUCUGGUUCAUUCAUGUGGAUAUACGUAAUCUUGGGAAACACAUUACGUGGAAUUGGGGAAACUCCAAUUGCACCUCUGGGAAUCACAUAUAUUGAUAAUUUUGCUAAAGAAGGACAAUCUACUUUUUACAUAGGCAUUAUACAUUCAGUUACAAUGGUUGGCCCAUUAAUUGGAUAUCUGCUGGGAUCUUUAUGUGCAAAACUGUAUGUGGACAUUGGAUACAUAGACCUAAGCACUAUAACAAUUGAGCCAACUGAUUCCCGUUGGGUUGGUGCUUGGUGGCUUGGCUUUCUCAUAGCAGGAAUACUUAGUAUUGUUUCUGGGGUGCCAUUCUUUUUCUUUCCUAAGCAUCUGAAGGAAAAAAGAAGGCAAAGUACAGGUCCAACACUUCUGGAUGGAUCUAGUACCAAUGACAAUAGAGAUCAAAAAGUGAUUUUUAGAAAUCCUGAGAAAACAAAGAAGCCUAAAGGUUUGGCAGGUUUUUUCUACUCCUUGAAAUGUAUCCUUAGUAACAAGAUCUACCUUAUCUACUUGCUUUCAUCAACAUUGACUAGUUGUAGUUUUAUUGGAAUUAUUACCUAUAUGCCAAAGUAUUUAGAACAGGCAUUUGACAUAUCCAUGUCUAAAUCUAAUCUUUUUUUGGGAACAAUAGUAAUGCCUGUUUUCGCUGUUUCAGUUUUCUUGGGAGGAUACAUUUCUAAAAAAUUUAAAUUGACCACAUUUGGAAUUCUCAAAUUACUUAUAAUUUCCAGAGUUUCUAGUUCACUUUUUCAAGCACUAUUUUAUUUUUUGACCUGUGAUGAUCACCUCAUAGCUGGCUUAACAGUAACCUACAAUGGAAAUGCCGAAGAGACAUCUCAAAUCACCCCAUUUUCCUCCUGCAACUCAGAUUGUAACUGUAAUGCCAAUCUAUGGGAUCCUGUCUGUGGGGAUGAUGGACUCACUUACAUGUCACCCUGUUUGGCUGGAUGUAAAUCUUUAGUAGGCCAUGGAAAGGACACGGUGUUCUAUAACUGUAGCUGUGUUGAAGUUAACAAUUUCCAGUUGAGGAAAAAUUCAGCUCAUUUGGGUGUAUGUUCAAGAAAAGAUGAUUGUUCAAGAAUUUUUAUUUAUUAUGUGAUAUUAACAAGUUUGGUUUCCAUUUUGGUUGGAAUAGGAACUUCCUCCUCUAUCAUUUUGAUUUUUAAGUUUGUUGAACCUGAUCUGAAAUCACUGUCAAUUGGUUUAUAUACAUUUGUUAUGCGAACAGUAGGAGGAUUGUUAACUCCGAUCUAUGUUGGAGCAAUGAUAGAUACAGCAUGUCUAAAAUGGGACACCAGUAAUUGUGGGAAUAAAGGAGCUUGUAGAAUAUAUGAGUCUGUUUCAUUUAGAAAUACAUUCUUGGGCUUGACUUCAGGGCUAAGAAUAUCAGAUUGUGUCUUAUAUAUCUUUUUAUUCACUGUGGUGAAGAAAGCAAAUAAAGAAAACAAUAAUGGACUUUCUAAUAACAGGAUGGAUGUGGAUGAAUCAAACCUUAAAGAACUUUUAAAAAAUAACAAACAGAUGGUAUCCUCUGCUCAUGUGGACAGUGAAAGCUACCUUUAGAUUGAACAGUGACUUCUACACAACCAAUAUUCCUUUGCUUCCUUCUUUAAUGAGAUUAAGAAACAUCAAGAACCAAUAUGUAAACUAGGAGAGGAUUGUUGAUUCAGUUACCAUGAUCUUUUUGAUCUGAAUCCUAGGGGUAUUAUUGAAUGUCUCUUGUUUUUCACUGAUAAUUCUAGCCUCCUUAUUCUUUGUUGUUGCUCAGUUGUUCAGUCCUGUCUGACUUUAUAUGACUUCAUAGACAAAAGCCCAUGGGGUUUUCUCAGCAAAAUAUUGUAGUGGCUGACCAUUUCCUUCUCUAGUGUGUACCUAUUUCGUUGAAGGAACUAGUGAAAAUAACAGCUAAAUGAUUUGCUCAGAAUCACACAGAUGGUAUAUGUCUGAGGCCAGAUUUGAGUUCACAUCUUCUUGCCUCUAUACAUUGCACCACCUAGUUGUUCUUUUUACUCUUACAACACAUUAAGGAUACAAAACUGGUAAUGGCUCAGAUGGAAAAGAAAUAGUGGAAGAUGUCUUGUUAUAGAGUAGUUAUGUGAAUAUAAUGAAGAUACACUGUACACAUAUCAUGGAUAAUUGAAAGCAACCUAUGAGAUUAUUAAAACACAAUUAUUGUUUUUUGCUAAUAGAGUAGGUAGAAAUGAUGGGCACAAUUUUAAAAAACAAUGGCAGGGUUCAUUUCAUUUUUCAUAUAGCAAACAGGGGCCAUUAUAUUUGAUACUGGAGAAGCCAUUGGAUUUUAUUGAGCAAAGAAAUAACAUAAUAAGUUUUAACUACAGAAAAAUCACAUUGACAGUUGAGUAGAAAAUGAUUAGAAGGAUAAUUUGAUACAGAGAAAGCAGUUAAAGAUGAUGACAGUAAUGUAUGUAAGAGACGAUGAGGAUCUAAACCAAAUUUGUUUUCUGAGUUUGGAAAAUAAAAUGCCUAUAAAGUGAGAAACUAUAAAAUUGGACACUGUAUUCAUUCUGUUUGGCCCAACCAAAAAUGAUAAAAAAUAAUCUUAAUGUAAGAAAAAACUUCCUACCAAGCAAAUGGAAAGGACUGAUUGUGGAAAAUGAUCUGGAAUUCUACUUAACCAGUUACUAGACAACAUACCCCUUGACUCAGCAAUAUGUAAGAGAGGAUUUACAAGAUAAGCCAAGCAUGCAAAACAAAGGACCUCAGCUGGCAAUCAAAACAAGACCAUUCUAAAUAGAAUGUUCCCAGGAGAGGCAGUUGGAGAAAAACCAGCAGCUAAAGAGAGAGACCUUGGUGGCUUCUGACAGAGUGGUGGAGAAGAAGCUGGGAUUUCUAGCUUUGAACUAAGUCUCUUGGUUUUAGAGAGGGAAGGGAAGGAAACUGCCUUGGCUUCUGACCAAGGGGGAAACUGGUUUCUUCUGACCUAGGCUGAGGCUUUGGUGUGGCAGAUGUUGGUGAUUGACCAUUAUAUACUGAACUGAUUAGAAAAAGACAGAAGAAGAUCAAUUGUCCUUCAUCAUUCCCUAACAGACUCUUGUGUUACAGCUGUGACAGGACUAAUAUUUCCCAAGAUCCUCCUAAAUUUCAUUAGAGACUAGGGAAAAACUCAUCCCUCUCACUUCAAUUUCCAUCCUUGUCUUGUUUUUCCCAAUAAACCCCCUUACUUGAGAAAGGAGUUUUUCCUCAUAAAUCUCAUAGUCCACUUAGGGAAGGGGGGGGCGGGGUGAAGCUAAAGGCUUCAGAAGAGGGUGGUGAACAGUGGUAUUGAGGGAGGAGGAGGGUAGGAAAAUAUUAAUCAAUUAGCCAUUUAGGGAAUUGAUAGACACCCUCAAGUAUUCCCCUAGUAUCAAUCUCCCUAUUAUUACUAGGAGCCCUGAGGUUUCCCCUAGUGUUUCUCUAGUCACUCCAAAGUAUCUCAUUUAUUACAACAAGAAGUAUCCAGAUUAUCUAUUUUAUUACAAAUAAUAAUAUUAAAAGAAGAAGAAAAUAAGUUAUAUGUACAAAAAUAUGUAUACCAUUUCUUGUUUGUUUGUUUGUUUGUUUGUUUGUUUUGGUAGCAAAGAGCUGAAAUUAGGCAAGGGCUGACAGGUUAUGAUGUGUGAAUAUAAAGAAAUAUUUAUUUCCAUUGUUCUAUUUUUCCAUAAGAAGUUAUGCAAGAGAUAUUUUCAGAGAAACUUGGAAAGACUAGUGUGAAUUAUACAGUUAAGUAAGCAGAACCAAAACUACAUUUUAUAAAGUAACAACAUUUGAAACAUAAAAAACUCGGGAACACUUAAAUUUUUAAUCAAUGCAAUAGUCAACUAUGAUUCUGGACGAUUGUUGAUGAUUUAUAUUACCUACUUCCUGAAAGAGAGGUGAUGGACUAAAUAUGCAAAAUACAACAUAAUUUUGUAUAGGACCCCCUGGGGAACUUGUUUUGUUUGAUUAUCCAUAUAUUACAAGAUUGUAUUUUUCCUGUGGGUAAAGAGAAAUGGAAGGGAAAACAAAUCUUGUAAACUAAAAAUAAAAUUUAAUUUUAGAAAUUCAAUGAGCUUCCAUGGGAGGCAAUAAGUUACAUUUAAUGACUUCAAGAACAAACUGACUAUCUACUUGCUAAAUAUGUUAGGAUGGAAAUUUCUUUCAGAUAUUUGUUAAAUUAAAUGACUUCUGUAGCCUCCACCAAUUCUCA